AUGUCCUCUGCUGGCGACGCAAGGAGAUUCAAGAAGAGCGCGUUCUCGUGCGACACAUGCCGAAAGAGAAAGGUUAAAUGUGGCGGCGAACAGCCUGUCUGCAAACGCUGCGUUGGCCGAGACGAGCCUUGCGUCUACAAGCUCAACCCUACCCUCUCGUACACGGAGCGCCUCGAAGGUCGGGUCAAAGCCCUUGAGGCUGAGGUUCAGGCUCUGAGAGUUCAACGGCAGUCAUCACCAGUUCCAUCACCAUCCACGGCUAUCGAGCAGUCCACGUCGCAUCUCAGGCAUGUGUUCGAGGGCCUCAAGCUGGAUGAAAAGGGGAGAAUCACCUACCAUGGCCCGACAAGUCUGUUCCAUCCUAUCGCGGGACACCAAGAGUCAACUGAGCCAGCCGACGUGGCGCUGGUUCGAGAAGGAGCAUUGCCAAAUUUUGAAGGCGACACGCGAGCACGGCUUGUGACCAAUGCCUGGUACCAACGGGCGCGGGAGACCGAAUCCGACAUACCGGCGUUGUUCCAGCAUCUGCUCGACACCCACUGGUGCUGGGUCCAGCCGCUGUUCAACUUCAUCUACCGUCCCGCCUUUACACGAGACAUAGAGUCGCUUGGGCCUUACUACUCACAUACCCUCAUGAACGCCAUUUUCAUGCACUCGGUGCGGUGGGUCAAGAACGAUCCUGAGGUGAUGUCGAAGCUUGAACCUUACGAGAAAGGAGGCAUCUUUGGUCGGCAUGUGCGCACUUUGGUGUUUGAUGAGAUCAGCCGAGGCGACUUCUCCAUUCCUACGGUGCAAACUAUGCUCUUGUUGAGCGCCCACGAAUGCAGCAGCGGAAACGCGGCUCAAGCAUGGGUUUACAGCGGUAUUGCCUUCCGCCUCAUUGAUCAGCUCGGAAUUUGCAUUGACGGGCAGCGCUACGCCGGGUCAGCACAUCUUUCGGAUGAAGACAUUGAGAUCAGGAAUCGUCUCUUCUGGAGCUGCUAUUUCUGGGACAAGAUGCUCAGCCUUUACCUCGGCAGGUCGCCCUCCCUGAAGUCUUCUGCGGUCUCCCCCCCUCAAAUGCUUAACGAUGACUCUGCGGAACACGAUCUUUGGCUUCCACAUGGAGUCACUCUACCUACCGGGAUUGAGUACCCGCCUACACCCGCCCGCUCGACGUCUUGCUUUAUGAAGAUGUGUGAACUCUCGGUCAUCCUCAACGAAAUCCUCAUCCACAUGUACGACCCACUGCAACAAAACACUGAAGCUGAGAUCCAAGCCUGCAUGUCACAAGAGGAGGUUGCUUUGGACAAAUGGUGGCGAGAGCUGCCCGAAACACUUCGACUCGACCCAGACGCAUUGCCCAGCCUGGCACCGCCGUCACACAUUGUGACACUCAACUGCCUCUACCACACUUUUCGAGUCCUCCUUUACCGCCCACUCCUAACCCAGCGAAUGGUCCAGGCUACUGGCGAGAUGGACCACUUGGGCAAAUGCGUCGUCUCGGCCAGCACAACUCUCAGCAUAUUCGACCUGUUUAGCCGAACAUUCGGCUACCGCUACUGCACCAUGUCCAUGUCGUACUGCGUAUACAUCGCUGCAUCUAUCUUCCUCCUUCAACUCCAGGCCGCUCCGCAGAGCAUGGCCGACUUCUCCCGUCUUGAGUACUGCCUUCACGCCCUCAAGAGGCUAGCAGACACAAACAAAGGUCGGGUGCUUCUUUCCAAUCAGUGGCUGACAAGUUUACUGACCCCAAGCCCUCUUGCAGUAAUGAGCACGGCACUUGACACCAUCGUACAAGCUUUGAACACAAUGGACAUUCAUAUUGAAGACGAUGUUUCGCAAGCCAGCAAAUUGACCGAGCUUCAGCCUAAUACACAGUCCAUGACCACAGCGUAUGGCACAGAGCAUUCAACAGCGCAAGCGGACGUCAGGAUACUCCGCGAGGAUGCACCGCAAGCUUUGUCCAGCACGGAAGAGAGGUCCAGAUUGCUCUCCUUCGAGCCGCUGAGUGUCAGUCUCGGAGGGAUAGAACAGAUCGCAGGGUGCACCAGAGGGCACGAUAGUGGCAAUCAAGAGACGAUCGAUCCAAGUCUCCUCAGCACAGGGCUACUGUAG